AUGUGGGGCCCAUCUAACGGUGAGCCUGGGAAGAAACAUCGGCCCCCUUUGACUCAUCCUGGAAAAGUCUCAGAGGAAGAGGGCAGGGUGUGCGAGACAGCCGGCCGCAGGCAGCCUGUCCCUCUCUGGGCCCACCACGGUCUCUCUCUCCCGCACGCACUGGCCGAAGGCCUCAGUGCCCGGGGCAGGGCGAGGCAGCCGGUGGCGGGCGGGAGCGGAGCGGGACGCCGCUGCGGGCGGCAGUACCGCAACCGGCCCUGCCUGGGCUCUCCCCUCAGCCGGGCCCAGCCCAGCCCAGCCCAGCCCAGCCCAGCCCAGCCGAGCGCAGCCGAGUCCAGCCGAGCGCAGCCGAGUCCAGCCGAGCGCAGCCGAGUCCAGCCGAGCGCAGCCGAGUCCAGCCGAGCGCAGCCGAGUCCAGCCGAGCCCUGCCGAGUCCAGCCGAGCCCUGCCGAGCGCAGCCGAGUCCAGCCGAGCGCAGCCGAGUCCAGCCGAGCCCAGCGCAUCCGAGCCCUGCCGAGCCGAGCGCAGCCGAGCCGAGCCGAGCGCAUCCGAGCCCUGCCGAGCCGAGCACAGCCCAGCGCAGCCGAGCCGAGCCGAGCACAGCCCAGCGCAGCCGAGCCGAGCCGAGCCGAGCCGAGCCGAGCCCAGCGCAGCCGAGCCCAGCGCAGCCGAGCCGAGCCGAGCCCAGCGCAGCCGAGCCCAGCGCAGCCGAGCCGAGCACAGCCCAGCCCAGCCCAGCCGAGCGCAGCCGACCGAGCCGAGCACAGCCCAGCCCAGCCGAGCACAGCCCAGCCCAGCCGAGCGCAGCCGAGUCCAGCCGAGCGCAGCCGAGUCCAGCCGAGCGCAGCCGAGUCCAGCCGAGCCCUGCCGAGUCCAGCCGAGCGCAUCCGAGCCCUGCCGAGCGCUGCCGAGCCGAGCACAGCCCAGCCCAGCCGAGCCCAGCGCAGCCGAGCCGAGCCCAGCGCAUCCGAGCCGAGCCCAGCGCAUCCGAGCCCUGCCGAGCGCAGCCGAGCCCAGCGCAGCCGAGCCCUGCCGAGCCGAGCCGAGCCCAGCGGAGCCGAGCCGAGCCCAGCCGAGCCGAGCCGAGCCCAGCGCAGCCGAGCCCAGCCGCCGGCAGCCGGGCGGCAGCGGGAAGGGGCGGCUGCCCCGCUCCCGGCCCCGCGGCCCCGGCGGGGGCUGCAGAGCCCACCAUUGCCCCGGGAGCGGGAGCCGCACUCCGGGCCGCCUUUGGGAUGCGGGGUCAGCGCCCAGGCGACGCUGGGGACGCAGGCGGCUGCUGGAGGGACCACGGAAGUUCGCGGGGUGCCGUGGGGGCAGCUGAGACCCGCGCGUGUGUGCGAGAGAGGGGUGUCUGCCAGCAUGGAGUGGGGCGGCCUCGGGGGCUGGCGUGCCCAGGUGCUGGGAGCACUGGGUGGGAUCCAGGGGCUGCCACCGGGCAGAGAGAGGGUCUGACCAGCUGCUGGGGGGAGCUGCGUUAUACGCCUCUGUGUGUGUACGUAUAUAUACAUAUGUGUGUGUAUAUAUAUAUUUUUCCCCCACUCAAGGACUAAGGGACCUUCACUCUGAUCAGCCAGAGAGGGGAACGGGAUGGGGGCGCUGGUGCUGUUUGUGGUCUUGUGAGUGCUGAGUGUGUAUGUCUUAACCUGCGUGCCCAGUCAUAUGUAUAUAUGUGUGUGUAUAUGCACAUACCUGUGUGUAUAUAGCUGCUUCGG